AUGCAUGGAACUAUUUAUGGAAUAAUAAAGAAUCUAAAUCGAAUGUUUCCACCGCAAAUUCUUCAUAAUAAUGGUAUAAAUACAAUAUAUUUGAUGGGUAAUUCCAGCAAGCCAUACUAUAAAAAAGCGAUUGAAUAUUAUUUUCAUGGAUUUAGUUUCAUAUCCGCAGAUUUUCCAUCAACUGCUGCUUAUGGUGCUGCUUUUUCAGUUUCUAAAUAUUGUGAUAAUGCUCAGAAAACUUCGAUGUAA